ACUUUCCUGCAAUACAACCGUAGGAUUGAUCAUGGCUCUCUGGUUUUUGCUAGCAUGUGUCAUUGUUGCCGCUACCAGCUAUUGUGAAGGCUCAAUCUAUCGUAAUGCUUUUACUUAUAUUGAUUCAAUCGGAAAAGGAAAAGGUGGGGUAAUAGUAAGCCGUAACCUCCAUGACAUACUUCGGAGAGAACCGACCAUUGAUUCUCUCUCAGAAAUUUUACUAUCGUUGUUUCUUGAUGCAUCUCAGGGAACAGGAAUUGAAGCUGAAGAAUUUAGAAACCGUACGGUCACCCUAAAAAAUCAGGCACUUGAGAUUUUGGCGAAACAAAGCUUUGAAGUUUCCAAUGAAAACACAAUUAGUGUCUUGAAAGAGCUGUCAUUGGAUGGUUACAGCAGCUUUAAGCUCUCUGUCUUUGCUGAUGGUGCAACUGAGCAACAGUCGAUGACAAUGAUGAACUGUUUGAAGAUACUGAAAACUCUGAUUGACAAUGCCGCUAAACUUGAUCCAAGCAGCCGACAGUUUUAUCGCUACAUCGCAGCUAUAGCAGAUGUUGCUAGUAUUUUGACUCAGACGGUGGACAACACUGUUAAUCUGAUCACUGCGCUGGAAAACGGAAAAAGGGCAACAGAAACAAAACGAGACGUUGAAAAAAGAAAAAUAAAAAUAAAAAUAAACAUCACAAUUGAAUGGGGCUGAAGAAAAAAGAUCAUCUCAUGCAAAGUAAACUACUUUAUUCAAGAAGUCAAGUUGAUCUGUGGAUUACGUUUAGAGGUAUAUUCAUGUUAAUGUUUGAGAUUAAAAAAGAAAAAUCGUAUUAAAAUCAAAUAACUGCAUUCGAA